UUCAAAACUUCCACAUUAUUCGGAGCUCCUCCUGUCUCAGUAUACGAAUAGCUGUAUUUAGCAGAGAAUACCGAAUACCGGAAAUCUUCGUUUGUCGUGCGCAAUAAAGACUUCCGAUGUAUAACAACGUGGUUGCAGCAUUAUUUUGAGAAUGUCUAUUGUGUUAAUAAGUAUUCGACAAGGAGCAGUGUUCAUUCUACCAUGGACAAUUAUAGAGGGAUAUUCGGAGGGAUGUACCUUCCUAGAUCUUUAUGAGGGUGUGAAAGCAAUGAAGUUCGAUUUGGGAAGCUGGACGUUUCCUGAGAAAUUAAAAAAUGCCGCUGUCUCCGUUAGUGUCGGUAAGAACAAGAACGAAUUAGACUCUGCAAUCAUUACAAAUAAAGUAUCGUCAACGAUACCUGUUUUCGGCCACUUUGUGAGAUAUACGGUGUGUGAAACCAAGCCCGCCGAUGUUUCUGCACAUUUCGACAAUGAUAGUGCCGAUGAUCAUAAUAAUAAUGCCAAGGAUUGUCAAGAACCGGGAAGAGCCACCAGAAAUAUCAACGACGUGUUGGUUUGUAACGCACGUAAACUUUGCCUUCCAGAGCCAUUCUCUGAAGAUGCCAAAAUUACAAACAAUAAGCGAAUUGUUUACAACAAAAUUUUAUAUUUGUUGGGAAACGCAGGCUUGGGUUUUACACCAAUGACAAUAGAUGAAGGUAAAGAUUUCAUAAAUGCUUUAACUAACUGUAUUUGGACAAUAGACCCAUUUGUUGAUACCCUCAGAGAUCGGUGUUUUGCUCUUCCAGUUCUUUUUGAAAAUCUGUUUGGUUACAAUGUACCCGAAAACCAUAAACAUAAGAGGGGUGAGUUGAGUCAAUCAACCCUGUUGUCGUUAGCUUGCCAUUUAGAUGCUUGUCUAGAGAAAACAUGGAUUUCCAAAGUGAUGUGGGCACCUAUCAGGACUGCUGCUCAAACAUUAUCAGACAGCUUUCAAAAGUAUAUUGAGUAUUUAAAGCAGAAAGCAGAGAAAAUGAAUGAAAAUAGACAACUCAUGUUUCCUGUGAGAAGCUUGGAUGAAACAAAGAGUGUAACUGUCAUACGACCAUGCUAUGUUGUGAAACCUGGUGCCGCAUCUCGGUACAAAACUCUUGUAGACUAUGUCGAAAAACUAGAGAUGUUCAAGCCAAUAUGUUUAGAUGAAUAUACACCUCAGAACACAAGAGAGCGUCGUUAUUUUCUAGACAACAUGAAACAAGGAUUACCAUACAAAUGUGUUCACCUAAAGUUCAGUGCUGGCAAUAACCUUGGGUCGCACAAUUUUCUUUGGAAGAUUCCUGGAUGUGUUUCCGAGACUGAUAGUGACAUCAUGCAAAAGAACUCGGAUGUCAUUCAGACUUUGAGCAAAGACCUUCCCUCAUACCACACUCGUGCAAUGAGAAGAGCAUUUAUAAACAAAGCAUCUUUACUUUGCAGUUUGAAGACAAGUGAUGUAAGGUACAUCUACAAAUCUUUAGCAGGGGAUUGCAGUUUGGGAGAAAAUGAAUCCGAAAAAGAAAUAGACUUGAGAGUGCAACAAGCUUUUGAAAUGGAAGAUCCUGACAUAAUUACGGACCUCAGGCAUCAUAAUACAGGACAACCCUCCAGAUAUCACAUUUUCUUUGACCAUGCUAAGCAAUAUUUGGAAAGUGUUGUAGAGACUGCUGUUGAUGAACGAAGACAUGAUCGUUUCACACACCUUGCCCAAGCCAUGUCAGUGCCUGACCUUCUUCAACAAGUUAAAGAUAUAUGCCCUGAAAAUACACCGAUACCUUCAGAACAAUGGCUGCGUCUACAGUUUGCACCCAAGAACCCAUCAGCUCUUGCAUCAUUACAGUAUACUGGGAGUUUAAAGGUCAAAUUCCAAGUUCAAAGUCAGCAGCUUAGAAAGACGCAUGUUGACCUCCAUUAUGCAUCAGCUGCAUUUAGAUACCUCAAAGAGUUUGCAGUGAAGUUCAGAGACUUUUGUGUGCUUGUGGCUAUGGAUGAUAAACACCACUGCAAAGUUGGAGAACCAGGUCACCCAGUGGCAGCAGUAGAGCGGGGAAAGAGAGUGGUUGUUGCUGCAGAUAAAGUGUUUGCAGUCUCAGAUCAUGACUUUACCAAAUUCAGUAUUGUACCAAGUGUAACAAUGUUGAUUGACAUACCAGAAUCUGUGAGUGAAGGGUCCUUUUAUAGAGGCCAAGUGUAUGUUGGUGUGAAGGAUUUAGCUUUAGAACCUUCCAGUCCAUUGCGUCACAUUGCGGAGCUUAAAGAUAUUUUGAGGAAGGAAGGACUUACAAAGCCUAUUUUGUGUAUCUAUACAGAUGGUGGACCUGAUCACAGACUGACAUUUCUCUCAGUCCAGCUAUCCAUUAUAUGCCUUUUUCUCAGUGGAUAUUACGACAUGAUCGUAGCAGCAAGGACACCACCAUUGGCAUCUUGGAAAAAUCCACCAGAACGUGUGAUGUCUAUUCUGAAUUUGGCUCUACAGGCAGUUGGAUUGAUGAGGAAAGAAACUUCAGCAGAAACUGAGCAGAAACUCAAAUCAGCCAGUGGACUUCAGCAGCUUAGGGAUAUUGCUAAAGAUCCCAAAUUCCAUGAGGAGAUGAUUGACUCAAUUGAACCAGUGAAAGUUCUUCUGUCUCAGCUGUUUGGACGUCUGAAAUUGAAAGAUAAGCAAUUCAAGUUGUUCAACUCUGCUUCUGAAACAGAUCUUGAUGGACUUUGGGGAGAGUUGUCCAAGUUUGGAAACCCACCUGUUGGAAAACGACAGAAUGACUUAAAGAAAAGUUUGAAGGAUUGCCCAAAGCUUGUGGAGUUUAUUGAUCAUUGCUGUGUAUCCAGGACUUACUUCUUUACUGUGAAGAAGUGUGGUGCCAGUGACUGUCAGAUAUGUGCACCCCCAAGACUCCCUAUUGAUAUUUUCAGCCAGCUACAUAACUUUCCAGAUCCAGUUCCAGGAGAAGAAGGACACUUCAAAGAAUUCAGGGAGGUUUUUGGCACCAAUACCACAGAGGAGCACUGCCCGUCAUUGUCAGCAAAAAAAUCAAACGCAGUUUCUACCGGCCAUGGAAUUCCUUUCAGUCCAUCUGCACAGACCGCCAAAACAGUGAAUCAGACAGUAACCUGUAUAGAUUGUCAAAAGCCUAGAGUCAUAUACAGUGCAAACAAACUGAGUGCACAAGAAAGUGCAAUUCUGAAAAGGAUUCUUGGGCUCUAUCAGUUUUCGUGUGGUUCUGAACUUCAGGAACUAAAACCAGAGGAUCCCGUCAGAGCACCUCGUAUCAGUGCUCUGUUGGAGAAAGUAUUUGUUAAAUCGAAUUUAUCAUGCACUUCUCCUGUUGAGGUACCCUAUUACAGUUCUGAUGUAUUUCCUCCAAUUUGCUACCACUGUGGGGCACAAGACACAGAUACUGAAGAGGGACAAUAUCCUAUGUGUCCAGAUAGUGUGGUUUCUAAGUUACAGCCUCCAUUGAAAAGGAAAAAUGUUCAGAGCUUGAGAGCAAAAAAGCAGAAAAAAUGAAGGGAAAAAACACUAUGCAACUUAACUGUAGUACAUAUGCUUUAUUAUUUUGACCACACAAGACAAUUUGUUAAGAUAGCAUGUGUUAAAUUUGUUUCAUAUGUAUAGUGACGGUACAAUAAAGAAUUUGCUUGAUGUUAUAUGUUUUAUGUCAAGUUGGCAAAUAAAAAAAAGCCUCCCUCA